UGCCUUGGUUUUAGCUCAUCUUGGGAGAUGCUCGCGGCAGCUUUUCAUAGGCUGUGCCCCACAUUUGAUGCCAGGUCUGAUUUCCGGACCCGCGCUUUCUUACCCCCUUCUCGCUUGCGCCGUUAGUUUCUUCGUCAUUUGCGCGCCCAUCGCCCACCGCAUCUUGACUCGUUUUUUUCCUUCUCUCCAUCCUGAUUUCCUGAUUCCUGAUUCCUGAUUCCUGAUUCCUUCGACACGUCGCUCUUUUUUUUCCCUUCUUUAACAAACAAUAGGCCCGUCCGUCUCCUCGACGUCGGCCAGACACUCGUUCAUCCCACACCCACACCAGCCACCACCAUAGCACCACACCACACAACCACGACAUUCGCUACAUAAUAACUAUUGCAGCCGCCCGCAGCAUAAUACGAAGAAAAUCAAUUGUUCACAGCAUCCUGCGUACCGGAGUAGUUAAUAUAUCACCAGCUGCUGCUUUUUGUUCCGAGCCGAGUCGCGCGCCACGUUUGUUUGUUCCGGUCGCCCAAUCGCUCUUCGACCCAAACCCUAUCGUGAGACAUCUGCUCGGCAUUUCAGGGGUUUGCCGCUCAGACGCCGUGCGCCAUAUCGUCAAUCCAGCGGUUGGCUCCGAAACGACUGCACUGCGACGCUUCCCGUCGCAUCCAUACUCUCGACUUCAGGAAACCAAACAAUAAAACCUUCCAAUUCGCAUAUCGACAUCGGUCUUGUUGGUGGAUCAUGCCAAGAUGAUGAUCUAUGAGAGACCCGUUCAUGAUGCCGUCCUGCCCGGUCCAGGUUCGCCUCCGGGCAUGACGGCCUCCAAAUCCUCGAAAUCCUCCUCCCUCAGCUCCAUUGCCUCGGACGACUGCAGUGUGCUUGCCGAUGUUAGUCACUUUGAAGAAAUUGGGCUCGAUGACGGCCAAAUCGAUCCUCGACGGUUAUCCGACCCCAAGAGCAUUACAAAUCCCUACGAUUCGCGAUCCGUUACGAAGCGGCCCAUGUCGGCUUCGACGCCACGACUCCAGAGCUCUCGCGAAUCCUCCAGGACACGCUCAAAGCGGGAUUCCGCAUCUUCGGUCAAAUCGCGCCCCAGUAUCGCUCCACUGCAGAGCUCCAGCCUGCGAGCUGUCAAUGGACGCGUGAACAGCCUUGGGCCUUUGCCGGAACCGCAAACCAGCCCACUGCCAAUGCGCAACCUCGCUCUGCGUCCUGCUUUGAGCUUGACUGCGCGGCUCAGAAGCCCCAGUCCAGGUGGGCUCACACUCGCCCCACGAGACACCAACCUUGCUCCGAAGCCACGACGAAGCAGCUGGCAGUCCAACCGAGAGCGCAAGUCGGCCAUGGAACUCGAGCUGGAGUGCGACGAGGAUGACGGAGACGACAUUCCCGACGGCCUUGUUCUGGACAACGUUCCCCUUUCGCCCAGGCCGCCCAGUGAGCGCACCAAAAGCCAGCCCUCGUCAAAAACGCCAUCCCCAGAGCGAACUCCCAAGGAGAGAGUGCGCAGUUUCGGAAAUGGUACACCUCCGGUUGCCGUGGCCCAAGGCUGCCUCCGAUCCCCCAUGUGGAAAUCCGAAUCUGCCCUCUCCACGCUCAGUUCCGCCGCCUCCAGCAGGGUGACGAGCCCUGUGGCUACGAGAUCCAAGAGCUGGAACUCGGUUUUGAACGACCUGAACCCCGACGCCAAGGCCCUCACAGAGAAGCUUGAGGAGCAUGCCGAGGAUUUGGAGCACAGAGCUCAACGGUCUAGCACAGGCUCGAUGCCUACCCCCAGAAGGCUUUCCGAGACGGAUGCGAAGCCCAGAGUCAAGUCCGCGUUUGCCGAACUGCCCCCUCUCCGCAAAUCCAACAUCAUGAUUGAUCCAUUACCCAUUUCCAAAGAAAAAGAGGCCGUCUUAUCCCGCACCCGCCCAUCUUGGCUUCCCCCCAAGGAUCCUGCCGAGGAGCGCAGGCACCUGAAGGAAUACCAGAAGAUGAUGGCCCAAAGCCAGGAGGCCGAGAGGCGUCGGGAAGAUGCGAAGCGUGUUCGCUCAGAGUGCCGUGAUAUCGCAGCAAACAGCAUGAUGGCGAUUUGGGAACGUGAUAUUUUGCCCCGGUGGAACGAGGCUGUUCGCGAGCGCAGGACGAGGGAUAUGUGGUGGCGAGGAAUCGCACCACGGAGUCGAGGAGCCGUAUGGACCAGGGCGAUUGGCAAUGAUUUGGGCCUGACCAAGACAUCUUUUGACGCUGCAUUGAGCCGUGCCCGUGACGCCGAAGCAAAGACAAAGUCUGGACAUGCCAGCAUGGAAGAUGCCCGUGCUGUUGGCUGGUUUGACUUGAUCAGAAGGGACGUCCAGGACCGAACAUGGCCAGACCUUCGCAUCUUCCAGCCUGGAGGCCCGCUCAACCAGAGCUUGGUCGAUGUGUUGAAGGCUUAUUCCAUGUACCGCAGUGACAUUGGCUACGUGUCUGGGUGUAACACCAUCGCGGCACUUUUGCUUCUCAACCUCCCAACCCCAGUUGAUGCCUUCAUUGCACUUGCCAACGUCCUUAAUCGGGGCCUGCCACUCAGCUUUUAUGCAUCUGACGCCGGGGCCAAGUCGUCUGCCUACAACCUGUUGCUGCAGACUCUGGCCCAGAAGGCACCCAACCUCUGCGACCAUCUGACGAACCUCCCUGACCACAGCCCGGAUGCCUACCUUUCCGAAAUCUUCACCUCCCUUUUCACCCGCCAGCUCGCCUUGGACGAGGCCACUCGGCUAUGGGAUGUUUAUGUCUUUGAAGGUGAUGCCAUCAUGAUCCGUGCCGGCGUGGCUUAUCUCCUCAGAAAUGAGAUGACGCUCCUCAGUUCUAAGAACAUGGCGGACGUCCAGGCCACGCUGAACCUUUCAUCAGAACAAAAGGCACCUCGUGUUGUUGGCGGCAACGGUGAAGAGGAGAGGUGGAUGCGGGCCGUCAGGGAUGCUGGCAAAACCUGAUCUGUGACCACGGCCUUUGUUUCCUUUUCUUUCUGGGCAUGUGGGCAGUACAUAUGAGACAGAGAUGACACUUUUUUCACGACCGGGUACACUACAACAAGGCGAAGCAAAGACCAACGUACAUAUAUUUGCAACCCUUUAUACGCCAACCCAACCACAUACACUUCCAACGCAGUCAUGAAACAAUGCGGGUGUCGAACACCUUAACCUUGUUUACCCAGAGGCUGCGUUUUGUCUUUUUUUCUUUUUUUCUAUUUUUUUCGUCAAGGCAUCAGGCGUUUGUACCAUGGAGCUGGCGUAUGAUGGAGCCACGGCUACCU